UUAAUUUCCAAGCAUAAUCAUAUAAAUUCUCUCCGCAAAUCAGCAAAUAAUUAACGAAGGAUAGAGAAGAGAUGGAAGCACAAUUACAUCGACCUUCUCAUGGCCAUGAAGAUGGCGGUCACGAGAAAAAGUCAGUGUUGAAGAAGGUUAAGGACAAGGCAAAGAAAAUGAAGGACACAAUCAAGAAACAUGGACACCAUCACCACAACGAAGAAGAAGAAAAUCACCAAGUUCAUGGCGGAGGCGCACCCAUACACGAAUCUACUGUGGUAAAGAGCAUAAAUCUCCCCAAGGAAAGCAGUAGCAAUCCAAAUAAUACUCCUCUCCCUACACCCACCGAAGAGAGGAGUGAUGAUGAGCUAGUUUCCGAACAACAAAAUCCCCAAUUAAACGAGAAAGCUGAUGAAAAAGAUUCUUCAACAGACACGCUGGCCGCUAAAAUAUCAUCAGCGACGACUGCGGUUGCCAUCUCAGCCAAGAAUAUUGUUGCGUCGACGCUCGAUGGCAGCAAGGAAUACUUGAAACCAGGUGAUGAGGAUAAGGCUCUAUCUUCUGCAAUAACCAAUGCGCUUCAGAAGAAGGAGGAGCCCAAAGAGCCCAAGAGGGGAAAGGUGACGGUGUCGAAAGAGGUGGCAGAGCGGCUGGGGACGACGCAGGAGAAUACGAGGGAAAGAGAGGAUGCAUUGGCUUCAGGGGAGGAGAGUUCCGGCCAGGGAGUGGCGGAGAGGCUGCAAAACGCAGUCAGCUCAUGGCUCGGGAAGAGCAAUGGGAUUGAGACUGCUCAGGAUUCUCUUGGCCAAGCUUUUGUGAGCGACGCCGCCGGGACCAUCUCCAAGGAGCGAUGAAAAUGGCCUCUCAAUCUGUCAUCACUAAGAAAUUAUGUUCAAGGUUUACACGCUCUUAUUUACUUUCAAUCCAUCCAACUUAGAUAAUUUUGACUUGAUAAUUCUCACUUGUAGUACUAGAUUUUGAUAUGGUGAGAAUAUGUAUGUGAUAAUGGACAUAUAAUAUAUGAGCUGGAAUAAAAGACUUUUGUGAAUUGGA